UCAGAGCUGGCGGCCCGGCGCACACCUAUGUUGACAAGCGCCAGCCGCCGCCAGCCUUCUCGCAGUGCGCAGGGGGUUCUCACGCCCCCUGGCUCCUGGCUGGCUGCGCCGGAGGUCGGAAGGAAGGGGGCGAGGGAUGAGUCAUCCAGUUUAAUUCUUUCUUUUCGAGCCCCGAGCCUCCGCUCGCUAACCCCCUCCCGGGAUCCUGCAGCUGGCAGCCAAGACACCCGCCACCCUCCCCCCCCCCCGCCCAUUCUUAGGCUCCUCUACCAAACCCCCCGUGGCCUGCGGAGGAGAGGAGACGGACGGGGCUCAGAGCCAAUGAGGAUCUCGCUCUCUCGCCCGCCGUCCAAUGGGACACGGCUGACUGAGGGGCGGGACUAGGAAGGCGGGAGGGGGCGGCCUGGAGCAGGCGCGCGGCGCGGCUUCGCGGCUUCUCGGCUUCUCACAGAGCGGGAGCGCCUCGCGGGGAGCCGGCGCCAGGGCUACCCGGGAAGGCGCCACCACCGCCGCCACCGCCACUGCCGCCACUGGCCAAGGUGCUGGACGCCACAGGCCCGUGGGGCCCCUCACCAGCUCAGACACCGGCUGCAGCCGCCGCUGCCGCGCUCUCAGCCUGGUCCCCAUGGAAGAAAUGGAAGAAGAGUUAAAAUGCCCGGUGUGCGGCUCCUUCUACCGGGAGCCCAUCAUCCUGCCCUGCUCUCACAAUUUAUGUCAGGCCUGCGCCCGCAAUAUCCUGGUGCAAACCCCGGAGUCCGAGUCCCCCCAGAGCCGCCGGGCCUCUGGCUCCGGCGUCUCCGACUAUGACUACCUGGACCUGGACAAGAUGAGCCUGUACAGCGAGGCGGACAGCGGCUAUGGCUCCUAUGGGGGUUUCGCCAGCGCUCCCACCACCCCGUGCCAGAAGUCCCCAAACGGCGUCCGCGUGUUUCCUCCAGCUAUGCCGCCACCGGCCACCCACCUGUCCCCGGCCCUGGCUCCGGUGCCCCGCAACUCUUGCAUCACCUGCCCCCAGUGCCACCGCAGCCUAAUCCUGGAUGACCGGGGGCUCCGCGGCUUUCCCAAGAACCGCGUCCUGGAAGGGGUCAUCGACCGCUACCAGCAGAGCAAAGCCGCGGCUCUCAAGUGCCAGCUCUGCGAGAAGGCGCCCAAGGAGGCCACUGUCAUGUGUGAACAGUGCGAUGUCUUCUACUGCGACCCCUGCCGCCUGCGAUGUCACCCGCCCCGGGGUCCCCUAGCUAAGCACCGCCUGGUGCCCCCGGCCCAGGGCCGCGUGAGCCGACGGCUGAGCCCGCGCAAGGUGUCCACUUGCACAGACCACGAGCUGGAGAACCACAGCAUGUACUGCGUGCAGUGCAAGAUGCCCGUGUGCUACCAGUGCCUGGAGGAGGGCAAGCACUCCAGCCACGAAGUCAAGGCCCUAGGGGCUAUGUGGAAACUGCACAAGAACCAGCUCUCCCAGGCACUGAAUGGACUGUCAGACAGGGCCAAAGAAGCCAAGGAGUUCCUGGUGCAGCUCCGCAACAUGGUACAGCAGAUCCAGGAAAACAGUGUGGAGUUUGAGGCCUGUCUGGUGGCCCAGUGUGAUGCCCUUAUUGAUGCCCUCAACAGAAGGAAAGCUCAGCUGCUGGCCCGGGUCAACAAGGAACAUGAACACAAGCUGAAGGUGGUUCGAGAUCAGAUCUCUCACUGCACUGUGAAACUGCGCCAGACCACAGGCCUCAUGGAGUACUGUCUGGAGGUGAUUAAGGAAAAUGAUCCUAGUGGCUUUUUGCAGAUCUCUGACGCCCUCAUAAGGAGAGUGCACCUGACUGAGGACCAGUGGGGGAAAGGCACCCUUACUCCCAGGAUGACCACCGACUUCGACCUGAGUCUGGACAACAGUCCUCUGCUACAGUCCAUUCACCAGCUCGACUUCGUGCAGGUGAAAGCUUCCUCUCCAGUCCCAGCAACCCCCAUCCUACAGCUGGAGGAGUGUUGCACCCACAACAACAGCGCCACGCUGUCCUGGAAACAGCCGCCUCUGUCCACGGUGCCUGCUGAAGGAUACAUCCUGGAACUGGACGAUGGCAGCGGUGGUCAGUUCCGGGAAGUGUAUGUGGGAAAGGAGACAAUGUGCACCGUGGAUGGGCUUCACUUCAACAGCACAUACAAUGCUCGGGUCAAGGCCUUCAACAAAACAGGAGUGAGCCCCUACAGCAAGACCCUGGUCCUGCAGACGUCCGAGGUGGCCUGGUUUGCUUUUGACCCUGGCUCGGCACACUCAGACAUCAUCUUCUCCAAUGACAACCUGACAGUGACCUGCAGCAGCUAUGAUGACCGGGUGGUGCUGGGGAAGACUGGCUUCUCCAAGGGCGUGCACUACUGGGAGCUGACUGUAGACCGUUAUGACAACCACCCUGAUCCUGCCUUUGGCGUGGCUCGCAUUGACGUGAUGAAGGAUGUGAUGUUAGGCAAGGACGACAAAGCUUGGGCAAUGUAUGUGGACAAUAACCGGAGCUGGUUCAUGCACAACAACUCGCACACCAACAGAACUGAGGGAGGGAUCACAAAAGGGGCCACCGUUGGGGUCCUUCUUGACUUAAACAGAAAAACGCUGACCUUCUUUAUCAACGAUGAACAACAAGGUCCCAUUGCUUUUGAUAAUGUGGAGGGCCUCUUCUUCCCUGCUGUCAGCCUCAACAGGAACGUGCAGGUCACGCUGCACACCGGGCUCCCCGUCCCUGACUUCUACUCCAGCAGAGCAUCAAUAGCCUAA